UUUAUAUUUUGCAAACAGAUCAACGCAUGUUUUGAGAGGGAAGGCGGAAAGCUCACAAAAAAUCAAGUUUUUAAGCAUUAAAACUCAAUAAAAUCAAGAAAUAUCAAUCGCAUUCAUCUAUAGAAGGUAAUAUUACUCAUUUAUUGUCUAUUUGGGCAAUGGAAAACACAUAAAAUUGAUGUUUUUUAGGCUCGCGUCGAAUGUCGAUGCGUGGCACUCACUGAGAUGGUUUUGAGCUUGAUUUAUAUUUGGUAUUUGGAGUAAAUAUAAACGUAAAUUAGCGAGGCAUUUGGCAGAAAUAGCUAAUGUUUUAUUUGUGUAGAGUAAUGAGGUGUUAGAUUCAAAAAUUCGAGUAGAAAUGAAACCAGUAAGAAUUUUUUUAUGCACAUUUUAAAUAAUUUAAUCAGAGAUAUUUUGACCCUUUCAAUUUCAAAAUAUAGCGAUGUCGAAUUUGAGUGAGGAGAACUUUUUCUUUCGCUUUGAAUUGUUAAAUCAAAUUUCCAUUGGCUAAAGUUUUUUUAAAACUAGGGAUUUCUUUGUUAAAUAUAUAGUUUUCAUUUGCAGAUUGGUUUCUUUGAUCAGUCGCAGUCUGUGACCCGGUUAUUUCUAUGAAAAUAUGAAAUAUUUCAAAUAUCAAAAGCUUUGUUACACGUAUGUUCUGUUCGUUUAGGAUGUCGAGAAGUGACGUACGCACAACAAAAGUUUACGUCGGCGGCUUACCACAUGAUGCUCGCAAGGAGGAAAUUGAACACGAGUUCUCUCGUUUUGGCAAACUUCAUGAUGUUUGGGUAGCCCGCAACCCCCCUGGAUUUGCCUUUGUUGAAUUUGUUGACGAACGAGAUGCUAAGGAUGCAUGUGACGAUUUGGACGGCAGGACAAUAUGUGGGAACCGUGUGAGAGUAGAGUUGUCACAUGGAAAAAGUCGGGGGAGAGGUCGUGGACGCGGAGGUGGCAGAGAUCGCCGUGAUGAUCGCUAUCAAAGUCGUCGUUAUGACGACAGAGGCCCACGGUAAAGUUUUUAGUACUGUUGAUUACCCUCGCAAUCAAUGUGUUUUGUUUGAUUUACAUCAUAUGCAAGUAAUAUUUUUGUUUUUUCAACAGCGUCUGCAUAUCCCCUAUUUCUAAUUUUCAUCUACAUUGCUACCAUCUGACAUGAAAUUCGACUGUCCUCUAACAAACCACAAAGGUCGACUAGUCUUUUUGAAAAUCAUCAAUUUUGACAAGUCGACAAAAGUUGCCAAGCUCUUCGCUUUCGACACGUCGUUAUAAAAGUUGCAGUCAACAGCUCAUCGACAGUGUAUCCGGCAAUUACUCAACUGCUACGUCAACAACUCUACAUUUGAGAUCAACCAACAUAGUAAUAGCCCUUUUCAACUUCUUCGCAACACAUCUAGUUCAAUUCGUCUUAGACAACCGUUGAGUGUCAUCGCCGAUAAUUUCUUAGACAACUAUCUGACGACUAAAAUUUCAACUAACACAUCACUGCCCAUGUUCGGCCCACACAAAGAGUCGUCCACUUGUGGAAACUACUGCUAGUCUUCAAUUGGGCAAAACUUCCAGCGCCGGCUUCAUACAAUUUCGAUACUACAACAUCUACUUCAACACACCAUGAUGCCCAAAUACACAUAGAUUUUUCAUCUCCGUUGAAGAAAGGUAUAUCAAUAAAGUUAAAACAAACUGUUCGUUUUGUUCUGAAUUUGUUUGAGAUUGGUGAUCCUAGGUGCAGUGGUUAGAUUCUAUGGUAGGCCCCAUAGCCCUGGCAGUCGUUAUGGAAGUCCACCUAGGCAAGGGUUAGGUUCCUACCAUUUUAAUAGUCAGAUGUGAGGAUCUGCCUUCAAAUAAUCAGCCUUGGUAAUCAAUGAUUUGUGGAUUAUUUCUCAACUAACUCUUAUUCAAUCUAGAACUUGGCGAAGUCGAUCAAGGUCCCCAGACCGACGCUAUUAAGAUCACAUAUGGUAAGCUUUACUUUUGUACUAAAUAAAUUCAAUCUAAGUAUGACCAGAUACAAUGUUUGUAAAAUUAACCCAUUGAGUUGCAUUGUACCCUAGGGGAAAGUGCUGGUACUGAAUGGUAACACCAUUAAGUUGCAUUGCACUAUCUUGUACACUAAUGGGUUAAUAUGGCCGUGGAAAUUCCCUAUAAAUUUUAAGGUUCUCAGACUAAAAUUUUAAUAUUUACUUUUUAGGUCUCUGCUGUAAAAUACGAAGACAAUACAUGGCUUUAGCUUCAUUCUGCCGAGCACUUUGUCCAAUUAUGAACUUUGUCUAAUUAUGAACUGUGUCUAUGACUAUGAACAUUUUGUUUUCGCUUUUAUCUUUGUAUAUGUUUUAUUAAAGUAAAUCUCUUAGUAAUGAUCUACUGUGCAUCAUUGUGUUUGUGUUCAACAAUAAAAUUCUUCAAGUUGCAAUGUUUCGUUGUAAUGUUUUCAUAAUACUAUUGGGGGGCCUCCAUUUUAUGCAAAAAAUUUGAAAUCGUGAAACGUUCCAAGUGGUGGGCAUCCUGACUCAGAG